GUGGCGGGUAGCUGUGGCGGCGGCUGAGCGGUGGCCGCGGUGGCAGCGGUGCGGAGCCCCAUGGUGCCGGUGCGCGGGCCGCGGCGGCUGAGCGAGGCGACGCCGCCAUGGGCUCCCUGUUCCGCAGCGAGAGCAUGUGCCUGGCGCAGCUCUUCCUGCAGUCGGGCACGGCAUACGAGUGUCUGAGCGCGCUGGGCGAGAAGGGCCUGGUGCAGUUCCGAGACCUCAACCAAAAUGUAAGUUCUUUUCAAAGAAAAUUCGUUGGCGAGGUGAAGAGGUGUGAGGAGCUAGAGCGAAUAUUGGUGUACCUGGUGCAGGAAAUUACCAGAGCUGAUAUUCCCCUGCCUGAGGGAGAGCCCAGUCCUCCCGCACCACCUCUUAAACAUGUUCUAGAAAUGCAGGAACAGCUGCAGAAACUCGAGGUGGAGCUGAGGGAAGUCACCAAGAACAAGGAGAAGCUGCGGAAGAACCUGCUGGAGCUGGUGGAGUACACCCACAUGCUGAGGAUCACGAAGACCUUCGUUAAACGGAAUGUGGAGUUUGAACCCACUUAUGAGGAGUUCCCCGCCUUAGAGAACGAUUCUCUGUUGGACUACAGCUGCAUGCAGAGGCUGGGCGCCAAGCUGGGAUUCGUGUCUGGCCUGAUCCAGCAAGGCAAAGUUGAAGCAUUUGAAAGAAUGCUGUGGCGGGCCUGCAAAGGGUACACCAUCGUGACCUAUGCAGAGCUGGAUGAGUCCCUGGAAGAUCCGGAGACGGGCGAAGUCAUCAAGUGGUAUGUGUUCCUGAUUUCCUUCUGGGGAGAGCAGAUUGGCCACAAGGUUAAGAAGAUAUGUGAUUGCUACCACUGCCACGUCUACCCGUAUCCAAACACGGCUGAGGAGCGCAGGGAGAUUCAGGAGGGGCUCAAUACUCGGAUCCAAGACCUCUACACUGUGCUGCACAAAACGGAGGACUAUCUGAGGCAGGUGCUGUGCAAAGCCGCCGAGUCGGUGUGCAGCCGUGUGGUGCAGGUGCGGAAGGUGAAAGCCAUCUACCACAUGCUCAACAUGUGCAGCUUCGACGUCACCAACAAGUGUCUCAUAGCUGAGGUCUGGUGCCCCGAGGUGGACCUGCCGGGCCUGCGCAGAGCACUGGAGGAAGGCUCGAGAGAGAGCGGAGCUACAAUCCCCUCGUUCAUGAACACAAUCCCUACGAAAGAAACGCCGCCCACGCUGAUCCGCACCAACAAAUUCACUGAGGGCUUCCAGAACAUCGUGGAUGCCUAUGGUGUCGGGAGCUACAGAGAAGUGAACCCAGCUCUCUUCACCAUCAUCACCUUCCCGUUCCUGUUUGCUGUGAUGUUUGGUGACUUUGGGCACGGCUUUGUCAUGUUCCUGUUUGCCCUCUUACUGGUGUUAAACGAGAAUCACCCCAGACUAAGCCAGUCACAGGAGAUCCUGAGGAUGUUCUUUAAUGGCCGCUACAUCCUCCUGCUGAUGGGGCUGUUCUCCGUGUACACCGGCCUCAUCUAUAACGACUGCUUCUCCAAGUCUGUGAACCUCUUUGGCUCUCGGUGGAACGUGUCUGCCAUGUACAGUUCCAGCCACUCUGCAGAGGAACAAAGGAGGGUGAGGCUUUGGAACGACAGCACCAUCAGGCACAGCAGGACUUUGCAGCUGGACCCCAACGUCCCUGGUGUUUUUCGAGGCCCCUACCCUUUCGGCAUUGACCCUAUUUGGAACCUGGCCACAAAUCGCCUCACCUUCCUCAAUUCCUUCAAGAUGAAAAUGUCUGUGAUUUUAGGAAUUAUUCACAUGACUUUCGGUGUCAUUCUGGGAAUAUUUAACCACUUGCACUUUAGGAAGAAGUUCAACAUCUACCUGGUGUCCAUCCCCGAGAUCCUGUUCAUGCUCUGCAUUUUUGGGUACCUGAUCUUCAUGAUCAUCUACAAGUGGCUGGCGUACUCGGCAGAGACCUCUAGAGAGGCCCCCAGCAUCCUGAUCGAGUUCAUUAACAUGUUCCUGUUCCCAGCCAGUGAGACACAUGGCCUCUACCCAGGGCAGGCGCAUGUCCAGAAGGUGCUGGUGGCCCUCACGGUGCUGGCAGUCCCCGUGCUCUUCUUGGGGAAGCCACUUUUCCUUCUGUGGCUGCACAACGGGCGCAGUUGCUUUGGUGUGAGCCGGAGCGGUUACACACUUGUGAGGAAGGACAGUGAAGAGGAGGUUUCCUUGCUGGGUGGCCAGGACGUAGAAGAGGGCAACAACCGCAUGGAAGAGGGCUGCCGGGAAAUGACGUGCGAGGAGUUCAACUUUGGGGAGAUCCUGAUGACACAGGCCAUCCACUCCAUCGAGUACUGCCUAGGCUGCAUCUCCAACACCGCGUCCUACCUGAGGCUUUGGGCCCUCAGCCUGGCGCAUGCACAGCUGUCUGACGUACUGUGGGCCAUGCUGCUGCGUGUGGGCCUGCGUGUGGACACCACCUACGGGGUCCUGCUGCUGCUGCCUGUCAUGGCCUUCUUUGCAGUUUUGACUAUCUUCAUCCUUCUGGUCAUGGAAGGGCUUUCUGCAUUUCUCCAUGCCAUACGCCUUCACUGGGUUGAAUUUCAGAACAAAUUCUACGUUGGUGCAGGCACCAAAUUCGUUCCUUUCUCCUUUAGUCUGCUCUCCUCCAAGUUCAGUUGUGACGACAGCUUAGCAUGAUCACAUUGCUGCUGCCAUCCUGCCAGAUCUACGGAGAACUAUCAUGUUCCAGAAUUCACUCAAGUCAGUUAUGACAGGAAAAUUCCACCCUCGUCGAUUGCCUUACGAUUCAGCCAAAUGAUUCUGUAAGAUACACCUCUCCCUGAUUUUGAAGAUUUUGUGAAGCUCACCGCUUCGGACACAGAAAUUUCGUUGGUUUUUAUUAUGAGCAAAUACAAGUUAUACCAACGUCACAUUAAAGUUAUUUUUUAAAGUGUCAAAUUGGAGGAGAAAAGGCAGCUGGAUGGCUAGCUGAUGGUUUCAGAUACUCGAUUCCCUUUCAACUCUACAAACAAAGUUAUUCCAUCACGAGAUGUCAGAUCAUAUUUUCCAGCAGCUCAAGCUAGACAUAGUUUUUUUCAGACAUUAGCGCUGGGUCGUCGGCAGAUCCCAGCUCACCCUGCUGGCUUGAGGAUGCUCUCGGAAUCACCAGGAGGACGGCUCGACAGCCCUGGGACAACGUAACUCAGCAGGUGGCUCUCCCGCUUGAAUAUUUUUACAAGAUUCUUUCUUGUCCUGUUACCCUUACGUCAGACCAGUCAUGACAGUUGUACCUUUGGGAAGAUGACUGUCCUGAGCCUUAAAACCAGUGUGACUGUAGGGGGACAGGUGAGAGGAGUGUGUAUUUUUAUAGCAAAGAACAGAUGAAGAUAUUUUACCACAGAGACCUUGCUUCUACUUGGGAACAGUAUACUUUUUUACUUCCACACUAAUUCUGAAUAAAGGUCUGAUGGCCACAGUUUAAUUUCCAAACACUGUUCAGGUCAGUUGAAAACUAAUUCUCACUAAUCUGUUAAUUUAUUAUCUCGAGUAUAAAAAUCCCCUGCUCUUGUGUUGCUCAGCUUUGCAUGCCGUUGACUCAGUCCUGCUGGACACUUUGAUCCAUGUCAUAGUCUUAUUUAUCAGUUCUGUUCAUUUUCACAUUUUACAUUAAGUGAAUUAGAUUAAGUGUUUCAAAAGAAA